UGAGUGGAGGGAUUGGCAGAGAGGGGUGGAGGACACUGAAUGGAGGCCAGUGGAGGGAUUGGCAGAGAGGAGUGGAGGACACUGAAUGAAGGCCAGUGGAGGGAUUGGCAGGGAGGGGUGGAGGACACUGAAUGGAGACGAGUGGAAGGAUUGGCAGGGAGGGGUGGAGGACACUGAAUGAAGGCCAGUGGAGGGAUUGGCAGAGAGGGGUGGAGGACACUGAAUGGAGGCCAGUGGAAGGAUUGGCAGAGAGGGGUGGAGGACACUGAAUGGAGGCCAGUGGAGGGAUUGGCAGAGAGGGGUGGAGGACACUGAAUGGAGGCCAGUGGA